AUGGCAUUCAAAGUUCUGUGCGUUCUGUGUUGCAUUUCGUUGGGAGAUUUCGCACGGGGAGCCGAGAACAACGCGGAGAACCGGCCGUACGAAUUUUCAUUCAACAUCGUCGACUUCCAGCACCGAUACGAAAAGAAAGACGCUGAUGGAAUCAUCAACGGAGAGUACGGAUUCGUAACCGCGGACGGAGUGUAUCACGAGACCGGAUACGCCACAGACGAGAACGACAAUUUCAUUAUCACCAGAAUGAGGAACAGGAAGAUCACCAGUCUGAAGGAUGCUUUGGAGAUAUUCAAAGACAGGCCGGAGGCGGCGAAGAAACUAGUAGAGGCUGUGGCGAAUGCUUGCGGUGGAUGCAAAAUUCCCAUAAAAGACGACAAGGUGGUUAGCCCGACACCGGUUGCUCCGACAAUCGCAACGUCUACUUCGCGAGCAAAAUUCGGCCCUCUGCUGGAGAACAUGACAAGGACCCUGACGGAAAACGGAAAUCCUGGUGAAGCGCCGAAGAAAGAAAAAUUGUUCCCAGAGAGGAAUAGAAUCCUCGAAAUCUCCAAGGAUGCGUCGCACGAGAGAAGGGGGAAAAGCUUGUUGAAGGAUCUCCCAAAGAACACGACGGAUUCAACGAAACAGUUCUCGAGAAAAGGGGGGGAGGAUACGAAUUCAAGGGGCGCGGUGGCGAACGAUAUUUACUAUCGUUUCAACUACACGAUUACGUCUCACGAUCACCAGGAGGACGGUUACAGAAGCGGCAAAAAGGACGGCAGUUAUCGGGCACAAAGUGAAAAUGGUGUCGACACUCAGGUGAGGUAUCUGUCGAACGAAUUCGGUCAUCAGCCCAACAUUUCGUUCGUUCCCAGAGCGAAUGAGACGACGGCGAGCCAGCGUCUCAAGGGAUAUUCGUUCCUCUGGUACUGGUCGUGA